AGCUCUAGCUUGGUUUGUCCAUAUCUAAUAAUGUUUUUUGGAUAACUACGAACUUAAAUUGUGCAAUAAACUGACGAAGGCGGGGGCUACGUGGAUGCUCUGUGGGCGGCAACAUGGUGUACAUCGACCAUAAUGGCCGCGUGUGGGAGAAGCGGCCUUGGGACUGGCAACGGAUAGUGGAGCUGUUUGCUGGUAUAUGGUUUGCCAUCAAGCAGUUAUUCAAGACCUUCCUGGCUCCCUUCACGGCCAAUAACAAUAAUGACCGCCGAGGCAACAACGGCUGGGGCAGUAGCAGCUGGGGAGGCGGCGGCGGAGGAGGAGGUGGUGGUGGCGGCGGUGGUGGUGGUGGUAGAGGAGGAGGCAGCGGCUACAGAGGAGAUUUAAGGCCAAACCGACGAAUCGGACGCAUACAGCCGUCCAUGUCCUGCAAUACUCCUGCCGGCGGAUGAGGAUAGUAGCGACAUCCGAUCCCGUGUAGGGCGGAUGUCGCGCCGACUGUUAGCGGCCAAGUCAAACAGCACCACAAAUGAUUGGAAAUUGAGAUGGUUCAUCACGUCCUUGUGGCGCCUUUAUGACGCAGCCCUCCUAAACUCGUACCCUGAGCGGAGUGCAGCCGAUAAAUGAAUCGUCGAUUUUCUGAUCGCUGUUUACGUGGCCGUAGUCGGUCUCUUAAAAACAACAUAGCUUAAAUUUCUACUUAUUUUUUCUACUAACCUAUUAAGGCUUUUCAUGUAAACAAAUAAAGAGAAUUUCAAUAAAAUGUAAAAAUGUAAA